CUAGAACACUUUUUCUCCUACACCUACUUCAAUUGUUCCCAUAAGUCUGGUAACAAGAGUCAGAAAACUUUCCAGCUAAACAUCAGUAAGACUUCAUAAAACUCCAAAUACUUAAUAUUGUGAACAUCACAACAGCCAAGCCUACGGAAAAGAAGAAAGUGAUCUCACAUUGGCUUUUUACCAGCCUUUUACCUUUCUCCUGACCAUUUAAAACUUGAGACUUCCUGUCUUCCUGUUAUCAUGGAGAAAGUCCAAUACCUCACUCGCUCAGCUAUAAGAAGAGCUUCAACCAUUGAAAUGCCUCAACAAGCACGUCAAAAUCUCCAGAACCUAUUUGUCAAUUUCUGUCUCAUCUUAAUAUGUCUCUUGUUGAUCUGCAUCAUCGUGAUGCUUCUCUGAAGUUCUGCUACAGUCUCCAGUGCUGCAAUUUAUCACCCUCAGCUAAAAAUUUGUCAUCCUAUGAAGAAGGGAAAAACAAUACCAUGUAACAGUUCAUUUCCAAGUAGAAAAAUUUCUUUGUGAAAAGGUCAAGAUAUAGAACAAAACAAAUUGUUAGCAAGUGUAUUCAUCUGCUGGAUCUUGUAAACAUGAAAUGGGCUUUAUUUUCAAAAAUUAACUUUAAAAUGACUAUAAGUGUGCAUAAUAUAACUGUUGAUUUCCUCAACAGAGUUUAUAAGUUUCCAUCCCAAAUCUUUUCUGAGGAUGAACUAGGAAUUUAGUUUUGAAAUUGCACUGCUAACACAUCAUUUCAUAUAAAGCAUAAGCUUCACUAUUUGGGGUAAAUAUAAUUUAUAUUGUUUAAUAAAAGCCUCUUUGAUGUUUAUUAAGUACUUUUCAGGUCUCUACAAGUACCAAAAUAAUCAUUCAAAUGAAGUAUGAUCAUUUGAAAAUAGUCUGCUGACUCUUCACAUCUGUUACUUUAUUAUCACACAAAGGUCUUUGUAGUAACUGUCAUAACCUAUGUUCUAAAAUAGAAAUUAUAUUCUUUUCUAUACUAUACUAACACAUUUUUUAAAGUUUAUGAGAAUCAAUAAGGAAAAAGUAAGACCAUACUCUUACAUAAAUAAAAUUUAUCUUAAGUGACUUUCAAAGAAUUACAGAAUUCUAGUACAUGCAGGCAAUCCAUAAAUCUGUUCAAGACAUUAUGAUCAACAGACAAGAACUGUUGGUUAAUUUAACAGCUAACAGUAUGAUUAGCCAUAAUUACUAACAGACCAAUAGAUUAGAGUCUAACCUUAAUUUAUAGCACUAUAGUCUUUUUUCUAAGUUAGAGUAUAUAACCUGCCAGGCUAUAUCUUUGGAAUCAUGAAAUCAGAAGACUAGAAUAAUUUUAUAGGUUGUCUUCUAUUCUAACCUCAUAUUGAAUGUUGGCAAUAAAAAGAAUAAAAGAAUAAAAUACAUAUUUCACACAUUAACAAAAAUUUGAAUUCUCUCUCCAAAAUUAACUCUUUGAUUACUUUGAAAUGAACUUUUGCCCCUUUUAUGACAGGAUAUAGCUAUUUUCCUUAACCUAUCAACUAGACAGUAGAUACCUACUACGCUAAAUUAUAAACCCAACAAUACUAACCUACAAUUAUUUACUUGUUGCAUAGAUUUUCAAUUUCUCCUCUGGUCAUUUACAAAUAUCUUCCAACAACUCAUGAAACAGAAGUAAAAAUUGUUGUUUGAAAA